AUGAGCGGCUCCGAGGAUGAAGGUUCUAACCUUGAAAUAACCGCUCAAAACCUCAAUUGUGCGCUGUGCGAAAAGCCGGUCGACGCCGAUUCUAAGCUGAUCUGCUGCGGAAAGUGCUCUCGGCUGUCCCACGCCAACUGUGCGGGUCGUACGGAAGAUGUGGAAGAAGUUUCGUGGAUUUGCCAGACGUGUGCGGGCCAGGCUGACCCAGACGGCGAUGGCACGGACGACGGUAACGGCGCCGGCACGGGCGACGGUGACGGAAACGGCGACGGCGCUGGGGAUGAUACAGACGUCCUUAAGGACACCAGAUACCUCUGGAACGAGGAGCUGCAGAAGAAUGCUGAAAAGCAGCAUAAAAUGGAUCUGGAAGUGAUGCACCGGAUCAACUUACGGAACUAUGCGCGGGAGUUAGCACGGCUGGAAGAGAAGCGGCAGGUUGAAUAUGAGCUGGAGUGCAAGAUGCUGGCAAUGAGAAAGGCGGCCGAUGAGAAGAUGCGUAAAAUGAAGGAACUCUUGCAGCAGCAGUACGGCGUAGCGGAUGAUAAGAAGUCGGCGGAUGAGGCGCAAAAACCUGUGGUCAAAAAGCACCAUUCCAAGGCAGAUAACACUGGCGCUUACCCGAAACAUUCCACUCCUGUCAAUCGCUCCGAUAAACUGCCGAAGCAACCACUUACGCCACUACGGAAUCCGGAAGUCAGGCCAGGCAAUGGAUCAGGAGAAGGCGCCGGCAAAGGCUCUGGAAAAGGUUCAAAGAAUCCCGAACCUGCCCCUCACCCUAGAUUUACGCCGAAACCUUCGCCGGUACUCACUCCGGAGCCAUCGGAGCACGAAAGUUCUUCCGAAGACGAUGAUGAACAAUCGCUCCCGUCGCUACCUCCACCACCCGAGGAGUUCAACCAGACCGGGCCGCAACUAACCAAGGCCCAUCUCGCGGCACGAAAGGGUCCGUUCCAGAGGCUGCCAACCUUCACCGGAAAGCCGGAGGACUGGCCGAUUUUCUACAGCAGCUGGCGCAACAGUAACCUGGCCUGCAACUGGUCAAACCUGGAGAAUUUGGGCAGACUGAUUGACGCCAUCCAAGGCCCUGCGCUCGAGAUGGUAGGAGGCCAACUGCUGUAUCCAGAGAUGGUUCCGACAGUAAUUGAAACGCUGAAGAAGUUUUACGGAAGACUGGAACUCCUGCUUCAAGCGUUGCUGCUGAAGGCAAAAAGGGUCGAAUCGCCUCGUAUCGACCGUUUGCAAACGUUCAUCCGGUUCGGCGUUGUGGUUAAACAGCUGAGCGACCACCUGAUUGCAGCAGGGCUUCUCGACCACCUUGUCAACCCUAUGCUCAUUCAAGAACUCGUGGAAAAACUCCCAUCCGGUACGAAGCUCGAGUGGGUACGCUACAAGCGUCAACAGCAAAUGGUGACCCUAGCUACCUUCGCGGAUUUCCUGUCCGAAAUCGUUGCAGACGCCAGUGAAGUGACGCUCUUCACCGAAACGCAGCAUGACCAAGGUGGCCGGGAUGGCAGAGAUAAGCAGAAGCGGAAAGAAAAGCAGCCGGAGGGCUACCUGCACACGCACGUUGGUGAAGUGGCGAAGCAACAAGCGACAGGUGCGAAAGCUUCUAACACCCAUCGACAACCGACUGCUCAGGAGGAUCGCAAACCAUGCAGAAUCUGCCAGCGCACAGAUCAUCGGGUUCGGUACUGCGACGAGUUUGGCAAGCUGUCGUGGGACCAGCGAAUGAAGGAAGUCAGCAGGUGGAAGCUGUGCAACAUUUGCCUGAAUGAGCAUGGCCAAUCACGCUGUCGGUUCAAGACCCGGUGCAAUAUUGGAGCUUGUCAGGAACGCCAUCACCCGCUGCUCCAUCCGCCAGAGAACCAGCUCCGGAUGGCACCUGUGACGAUGCCAUGCAACGUCCACGAUCUGCCUGCGAACCAACCGGUCAUUUUUCGAAUGGUUCCAGUGAAGCUGCUGAACGGGAAACGGUCCGUCGACGUGAUAGCUUUUCUCGACGAAGGUGCAUCGUAUUCGCUCCUGGAAAGAGAAGUGGCCGAACAAAUCCAGCUAGUAGGAAAAUCCCAACCGAUCAUCGUCAAAUGGACAGCCGGCAUGACCCGGACGGAAAAAGGCUCGAAGUGUGUUACUGUUUCAAUUGCGGGACUAAACUCAAACAAGAAGUUCUCUUUGAAAAAUGUACACACGGUCGAGCAACUGAAGCUCCCGGAACAAACCCUGGAGUACUCCGCUAUAGCUGCCAAAUACCAGCAUCUGAAGGAUCUGCCGGUAGCCGAUUACCGGAGUGGCGCUCCAAAAAUCUUGAUCGGACUGAAGCAUCUCCACGUCUACGCUCCUUUGGAGUCCCGUGUCGGCAAAGCUGGCGAGCCCAUCGCCGUGCGCACGCAUCUUGGCUGGACAGUGUACGGUCCCCAGGAUGACCGAGAUCAGACAAUUGCAUUCUCCGGCCACCACGACGUUCUGCACGCAGCUGACUUGGAACUUCACGAGCUGCUGAAGAACUACUUCGUCCAAGAGGAAUCCGGUGUCCAAGUGUCGUUGCUGCCGGAAUCCGCAGAUGAUCGUCGCGCUCGUGAGAUUUUGGAGGAAUCGACUGUUCGAGUAGGUGACCGGUACGAGACUGGACUUUUGUGGAGAGCUGUUCAACCCCAGCUUCCGGAUAGCUACCCCAUGGCAGUCAAGCGAAUGAAAAGCCUGGAAAGGAAGCUAGCCAAGAACCAGCAGCUGCAAGAAAACGUGGCCAAGCAGAUCGAGCAGUACGUCACAAAGGGGUAUGCGCACAAGCUCACUGCGCAGGACGUGGAAGACGCUGUACCGGGCAAGGUGUGGUAUCUCCCCUUGAACGUGGUGCUAAACCCGAAGAAGCCAAACAAAAUCCGUUUAGUCUGGGACGCGGCGGCAGCUGUCCAAGGAACGUCGCUGAAUUCGGCCCUUUUGAAGGGACCGGACCUCCUCACGAACCUGCCCGUAGUGCUGUACCAUUUUCGAGAGCGGCCGAUCGCCUUUGGGGGCGACAUUGCUGAGAUGUACCAUCAGAUCCAGAUCAAGCGGAGCGACAAGCAGUCCCAGCGUUUCCUGUAUCGCGACGACCCCUCUGGCCCCCCGCAAAUCUAUGUGAUGGACAGGGCAACAUUCGGUUCAACCUCGUCCCCAUGCUCCGCGCAGUAUGUAAAGAACAAAAAUGCGCGGGAGUUUGCCGACAAGUUCCCAGAUGCAGUAGAAGCGAUUGUCGACAAACACUAUGUCGACGACUAUUUGGAUAGUACCGAUACAGUCGACCAAGCAGUUAAACGGGCGCGCGAAGUUAAGAUGAUCCACGCGGGGGCCGGGUUUCAUAUCCGGAGCUGGGUUUCAAACUCCGCGGCUUUCCUGGAACAGUUGGGUGAACCAAGGACAGAACAACUCGUCAACUUCACCUCGAACAAAACCACCGACACUGAACGAGUCCUAGGCGUCGCUUGGGACCCCAACGAAGACGUGUUCGUGUUUUCAAGCAAAAUGCGCGCGGAUCUGGAACCGCUAGUCGUUGGGGAGCAGCUUCCGACGAAGCGACAGGUGGCUAGCUGUGUCGCAAGUUUCUUCGACCCCCAUGGAUACUUAGCCCCGUUUACCAUUCACGGGAAACUCCUUCUCCAAGACUUGUGGCGCUCGGGCUCCGGCUGGGAAAAGCAACUUGACGGCGAACACACACCCAAGUGGAACCGGUGGAUAGCAGUAAUCCCUUCAAUCGACGAUUUCAAAAUCCCUCGCUGUUAUUUUUCGUCAGCGGGGCCGGAAGAUCGUGACGGGUUACAACUGCACAUUUUCACGGACGCGAGCGAGGUCGCCUACGGGUGCGCGGCCUACCUGAGAGCAGUCAUUAAAAGUGAACCAAGGUGUGCGCUCGUCGGCGCGAAGACGAAGGUGGCGCCACUGAAUAACCAAUCCAUACCAAGGCUGGAACUAGACGGAGCGGAACUCGGUUCGAGACUUUCGGUGGCUAUCAAGGCGGGCCACUCACUACCGAUCACAAAAACCGUUUUUUGGACCGAUUCCAAGACGGUGUUGGCCUGGAUAAGGUCGGACCAUAGGAGGUACAAGCAAUUUGUGGCGCAUCGCAUCGGGAAGAUCUUGAGUCGGACGUGCGUCGUGGAGUGGCGAUUCAUUCCCGGCUACAUGAACAUCGCGGACAUACUGACCAAGUGUAAGACCAGCCAGCCGUUGGACCCCAAGGGCGAGUUCGUCUGCGGCCCAGAUCUGAUGUUUCGCCCAGAAACGUACUGGCCUCAGGAAGAACCGGUAGAAAUCAACCCAACUGAAGAGCUCCGAGCCGUCCACCUGUUCCACGAGAUUACGCUGAUCGAGCCUGUUGUUGACACAACUCGUUUCUCGUCCUGGAAUGUUUUGAUUCGAACAAUAUCGUGCUGCCAACGUUUUGUUUCGAAUUGCCGCAAAAAACAGCUGGGCCAGCCGAUCGCAACGCUGCCGUCAACACCGAGUUUGCUGAAAAAAGUAAACAAAACGAUCGCGGCAACGGUGACGCCACUCGAGAGGGAAGAAUUCUGGCAAGCAGAAAACUUCCUGUGGAGAGCAGCACAACACGAGGCCUUCCCCGACGAGGUCAAGACGCUGCUCAAGAACCGGGAUCUGCCGCCCGAAAGCUGGCAUCGUCUGGAACGCUGCAGUCCUCUGUUCAAGCUUUCUCCGAUGUUGGACGAAUACGGCGUAAUCCGGAUGGAGGGAAGGUCCGCCCACGCCGAGUUCCUGCCGUUCGAGCUGAGGUUCCCCAUCAUUCUCCCAAAGAACCAUGACGUCACCAAAAAGCUGCUGAUGUUCUACCACCGGAAGUACGGUCACGCGAACCGCGAAACAGUGGUCAACGAGAUCCGUCAGCGAUUCUACAUUCAGAACGUGCGUACGGCCGCGCUGCAAGUUACCGAACAGUGCACCUGGUGCGAGGUCUACAAAAGCGAACCAAAGGUCCCGAGGAUGGCGCCGCUACCCGACCAGCGACUUGUGCCGAAUAGACGGCCGUUCAGUUUUGUCGGAAUCGAUUAUUUCGGCCCCAUCAACGUCAGCGUCGGACGGCGAACUGAAAAGCGGUGGGUGGCUCUCCUGACGUGCCUCACUACCAGGGCUGUCCACAUGGAGGUGGCCCACAGCCUGACCAGCCAGUCUUGCAUCAUGGCCAUCCGUCGUUUCAUGUGCCGCCGUGGGGUUCCGCUGGAGUUUUUCUCGGACAACGGGACUAAUUUUCAAGCGGUUAGCAAAGAACUAGGCCUGCAGGGACGGCAGAUUGACAUCGACUGCGCGGAGGCGUUCACGGAUGCCAGGACGCAGUGGCACUUUAAUCCGCCCUCGGCUCCCCACAUGGGUGGGAGUUGGGAGCGCCUUGUGCGGUCGGCCAAGGCGGCGAUGAAGGCACUCGAUGACGGUAGGCGCUUGACCGACGAAGUUCUGCUGACCGUUCUGGCGGAAUCGGAGGAAAUGAUUAAUUGUCGCCCGUUGACGUACUUGCCCCAAGCGUCCGCCGAUGCCGAGGCCCUAACUCCGAACCAUUUCCUUCGGGGAUUUCCUUCGGAAGAACGCAAGCUGGAAUCCGUUCCUGUCGAUCCUGCACAAGCGCUGAGGGACCAGUACAAGAGAUCGCAGCAGCUGGGUGAUUUGCUGUGGCAGCGCUGGGUGAAAGAGUACAUUCCAACGAUCAACAAGCGAACCAAGUGGUAUGGGGAAUGCCAACCGAUCGCCGUCGGGGACUUGGUGUUCAUCACGGACGCGAGUCCCCGGCGCAGCUGGACACGAGGAAUCAUCGAGCAGCUGAUACAUGGACGAGAUGGAAGAAUACGCCAGGCGAUGGUGAGGACCAACAAGAGCGUGUUGCGGCGUCCGGUGAGUAAGCUUGCGGUGCUGGAGCUUGGCGGUAAAUCUGACCGAGGAACCGAGCCUGGACCAGAGUUACGGGCGGGAGGUUUGUUAGCACCGCAGUCCGGAUUAGGCGCGCCAGACUGUAGCAGCAGCCCUGCCGAAAACUGA